GAGGAGAGCAUUUCCGGGGCGGGGAUAGUUCAUUGCGACGCGUUGAGGGCAUUCUGAGGUGGGCGGACCGUGGAGCUGUGGCUGCGACGCUUGGAGACUCCAUAAAGUGUCAAAAAACAGACAACUAACACCAUGGCUGAGUUGGACCUUAGCCUGAGCGACGCGCUAACGGACAGCGCUCCUCAGUUGGGCCAAGAGAACCAGGUGGAGCGGGACUUUGUGGCUCAGCUGGAAGCGGAAACCUUUGACGAUCAGGUGAAGGAAACGGUCGGGAAGACGGACUUUAUCCCCUUGUUGGACAACGACGACGUCAGGGCAGAUACGAGUGCUGGAUUGGAGAACGGAGAGCAGGAGGCAGGGGUGCAAAAGCCUGGUGUGUCCCAGCCUGGCGAUAUAGGGAAAAACAUGGAGGUGGGAGCGUCCCCCCUCCAAGCAGAGAAGCCCCCAAGCAUAGCAAAGCCACAGCAUCCCACUUUUCCAGCAGAUGUCCCCAAGGAAUCCAGUCCAAUGCCUGAACCUUCUUACAGCUCUCUAUCACCAGGUCUCUUAGAUGACUCCUGGACAGACCAGACUGGUGUCCUAUCAACAGCCGCACCUUUCCCUCCAAGUGUCUCAGUUGUGUUCGAUAAGCAAACCGACAAUCAUGCUGCGAGUCCCGAGGAGCCACCGGAUUCAUGGCCUGGUGGUGAAAGUGCCGUCUGUGGAGGUGGCGACGACAAAGACGGAGAUGCAUCAGACCGAAAACAGAAGAAGAAGAAGAAAAGGAGACAAAAAGAUGAGGGAUCUUACGAACAUGAGAGUAGCGGCCAACAAGAACCGCAAACGGGGGACAACAGUCCUUUAGCAGAGGAGUACUACCAUAGGAUAGGCCCAAGGAGGGAUAGAGGCGACGGCGGAUGGGAGGAGCACCUCGGAAAGGGUGGGGCUCGAGGAAAAAGGGGUAAAAAUCGCAAGAAGCUUCCGGAGGAGUGGGCAGUCAGCGCCGAACCAUUUGUUCCUUCAUCUGUGACAACAACGGUGAUGGAUGUGGAGAGUUCAACUCAAGCAAACGUUGAAGUAUCAUUUGUGGACACGAGCGCCCCCCAGACAUUGUGGAACAAGGCAGACUCAGAUGAAGGGUUGGGUCCCCUCUCUCAGAUACAUGAAGAUGUGUCUCCAGUUGCUGCUAACAUCAAUCCAUUGGUCUUGAAUAGUGAGUUGAAAGCGACAGCAGCUCCAUUUACAAUGCCAUCCUCUGCCACUAAAGCUGGUGUUCCUCCUGUUGACGAUCCAUUUGAUCUCUUGAUGGACUCGGAAAACGCCAGCUUGGGCCACAACAGUCAGGCCUUUUCUCCACCCUUCUCUCCAGAGGAUAAAGCGGGUGACGUCAUGGACAGCGGGAUAUUUGACAACUCAACUUCUUUUCCAAAUUUUUCUGUUCAAGGCAUGCCUGAUAUAGACACCUCAGCUUUUAGCUCCGAUUCCCACACAAGUCUAGGUCUUUCUCCGCAAGGUGAGUUGUUGGCUUCCGCCCCUCCUCUGUCCCCGUCUGAUGCCUCAUGGCUGCUCAACAGCUCCCAUCGCAGCAGUAACAGUGACCUGCUCGACUUGAGUCAUCCUUUACCCUUAGGUCUGACCUUUGACACUCCAAGUCCAGCACCCCUACGAUCCCCCAAAACAACAGCACAAGAGCAGCAGUCAAAAGAGCAAAAAGGUGUCAAAUUAAGCCAGAAGAAGUCAGUCUCCUCAGCAAAAAGCCCCACCACCCCUGAAGCAACGAGCUGCUCCCCACAGGCCUCCCCCAUCCCAACUCCAUCCUCACCUCCAUCUGGACUUCCUGGGUCUGGUCUUAAUCCUGCAGCUAAGCCUUUCUUUCCCAGCUUUGUUGAUCCUGUGGAUGAACCAGCUGUGACCCCUCCAGUUGCCCCCACCAUGGAAGUAAAGCCGGAAAAAAUGGAGAUGGAAGAAGAAAAAGCGGAGAAGAACGGGGAUGUGAAGAAGGUGGAGCCGUCUGACCAAGUAGAUGCAGCCGAACAGAAAAAGGACAAAGUGGAAGUCGUAACUAGUGAGACUCCAGCCAAAAUGGAGAAAGAAGAGAAGGUUGAACAGGUGAAAGAGGAGAAACAAUUAGACAAACAUACAGAGAAAGAAGCCGAACGAGUGGAUGAGAAGAAAGAGACGGCAAGUGUUAAAGAGAAUGAAACCGAGAAAGUAGAGGCUGUUCAGGAGAAGCAAGAGAAGGCAGAAGAAGCUGCAGUCAAAGUGGACGAGGUGGAGAAAACCCCUCAAAAGCCCGAGGAGGUCGACAGAGAGAAGAAAACAGAAGAAAAAGCUUUGGAGAACAAAGCAGAAGUGGAGAACCACACUACUGAGAAGGAGCAGAAAACAGAAGAGAAAGAGCUGAAAAGAGAGGAGAAGGAACAUAGAGAGGAGUACAUCGAGCUUCCCAGCAAGGCUGAUGACGUCUCUGAUAAAACUGAGAAGAUGGAUGUUACCGAGACAAAAAUGACGACCGAGAUAGAGGACACCAAGAAGGAAAAGACAGACACUGAAGCGACCGAGAAGGAAGCUCCAGCAAGCGAACCUUCGGAGAAGCCUGAAGUAAAAGUGCCGCAGACGGAGGAGAAGAAGGAGAAGCAAGAAAAAAUCCCGGCGGAGAAAAAAGAGGAGAAAAAGCCCGUCAAAUCGGAAGGAGAAAAGAAUAAAAAACCAUCAAAACCUGCAGCAGGUGGAAGCAGUGCAGCCCACAGCAAAGACAGCGCCGACAAGAAGACCAAGCCUACCGCCGGGUUAACCAAACCAGGCACCGCCAGCAAAACGAGGCCGAACUCUGCGGCCGCCGGCGUUUCUCUCACAGCCAGUAAGCGUCCCACUCCUCCCCUCACCACCAGUACCUCAGACAAAAAAACAGCAGCACCUAAGACUACAUCCAGCACCCUUGCUGGGCCCAAGCGGCCCGCAGUCUCUUCCAUCAGUCGCCCUUCAUCCUCCACCACAUCGCGAGAUCUUAAGUCUAAGCCCCCACAGCCAACCACAGAGAAGCGCCCUCCAGUGGCUAAACCCAGCACUGCUACCUCAAGUAAAAACGGCCCCAGCGCUGCCACCAAAAACGGAACCACAGCAGCCAGUAGAACCACUACAACAGCCCGCACGGCCGCGUCUACCCGCACGACGCCGAGCGCCACCGCCGCCAAAAAACCUCUGGGCUCUAAAGCUGCAGAAAGCAAACCAGGAGACGAGAAGAAACCUGGCAGUCUGAAGACUUCUACAGCUGAUUCUGCCAAACCCAAAACCACCACCACCACCACCCGCACCGCAGCCUCCACCUCUGCUGCCGCCCCUCGCACUCGACCCCCCGCAGCCAAACCGCCCGCACCCUCCUCCACCACGGGUGCAGCACAGGAGAAGAAGCCCCCGGUGCCCCGAGCCCCCCGCGCUCCCGCUUCAACCACCACGGCAGCCGCAUCUAAGCCCGCCGCCCGGCCCGGCUCGGCGACAGCUCCUGACGUCCGCAACGCUCGCUCGAAGAUCGGCUCCACGGACAACAUGAAGCACCAGCCCGGCGGGGGGAAGGUGUCUUCUGUCUCUCAGAGCAGGACCGCCACCUCCAAAGAAACCAACCUGAGCAAAGUUCAAAUAGUCUCCAAAAAGCUGGACUUCAGCCACGUCACCUCACGCUUGGGCUCCAAGGACAAUAUGAAGCAUGUUCCUGGUGGAGGGAAUGUGCAGAUUCUCAACAAGAAGGUGGAUGUCAGUAAAGUGACGUCAAAGUGCGGCUCCAAGGACAACAUCAAGCACAAGCCAGGGGGAGGAGCUGUGAAAAUCGAGUCUCGCAAAGUGAACUUCAGGGAAAAGGCUCAGUCCAAAGUGGGCUCCAUGGACAACGUGAGCCAAUCCGCUGGAGAUGAUGUCAAGGAAGUCACAGAGGGGAGUGGAGCCGCCCAGGGCGCCAGCCCAGACUCCGCCCCCGAGCCGGGGCAGGCCGGGAGUCCUCCUACCCACGAGAACGGGCUAAAGGAAGGGGCCUCCGGUCACGGUGAGGGUCUCCAGGAGCCCCAGGUCCUGGACUCGCUCAUCCCAGAGACAAGCAUCUAAUUCUUCUAACCCUCUCCCCCUCCCCUCCUCCUCAUUUCAACCCCCCCUCCACACCUCCCCCACCCCUCCUCUCCUUGUUUUUAUAUUUUAUCUUUUGCACCCCCUCUCUGCCUCCCCCCUUCCUGUCCCCCCAAAAACUGUCUGCUGCAGAUUGAGUCUUUCCAGCUCAACUUCCGCGAGAACGCUCGCUCUUGCACGGACCACGGCGCCAACAUCGUCAUCUGCCCCUCCCCUCACCCCAGGACAACGGCAACAGACCCCGCCCACAUGGCCCCUCCUGCACAGCCUCUCUCCAUUUAACACAGUGUAUAGCCGGCUGCAUGAUCACUCCCUCCACCCCCUCCCAGAGGGUGGGGGGGCAGCUCCUCCUCUCGUCAACCUCCUUCAUCUUAAACGUGUUGCGAUGGUGCGGUCGUCCCCCCUCCCCCGUCCACGCCUCGGCUCUCGUCUCGGACGGCGUUCCCUCGGCCUCACUCGUAGAGCAGCGGCGAAACCCGUGUGACCCUCAGUGACAUCAUCAUCUGACUCACCUGUUCCAUAGUGAUGGACUUCACAGCUCAUUUACCGUGAACACCCAAAAAACGAAGGUUACUCAAAUCCUUUAGGCUCUUUCUUCUCUGUGUUUGUGAUGACGUGUUGGAGUGACGUAGAAAAGAGCUUUAGCUUUACGUUUGGAUCUGUUUUUCCUUCUUAUCUAUUUAUUUAUUCUGUCUCUAAAAGCAAUACAGCAGGUGGUGGAGUAUUCUCCAGUCGUACAUCUCGGAAACACGCACAGAUUUCUGCGAACUCGGACACACAGAGGAGAGGGCGGUUCCGGUCAGAGAGAGAAGAAAGGUUGAGUUGUGCCUGGAAUGUAUUUGGAAGAGUAGGCUCUGUCUAGUGUGUCUCUUACGUGCCUCGCGUCCGUCUUACCUGAAAACCCGACGGUGCAGCCCGGACCUGCUCCAGGCGGGCCGGGUUCUGUCGUGAGGGUCGGCCGGUUGUCGGCCGGUGGUUGUUGUCAGGUAGACUCGAUGUGACUCAGAUUUCCCUCUAACUGCUGCCUUUCAUCAUGCAUGGCUAGAUCUCCUAAACUGACAGUUCUUCUGUUGUGACAUCCAUUGUGAAAUCUCAAAGGGCAACUUGUUUUUUUGUUUGUUUUUUUUUAUGUAAAAUGAGCUUAAAGUUGUAGAUGCUGACGGCUGCAGUGUCACCUUUAAACCAAGUGCUCCUAACUUUGCAUGUAGUCGAGAAAUCGUGAAAUUUAUGCCUUUGAAACGCACGAAAACACUGACAAACUCAUGAAGCUGCUGCUGUCUGAGAUGACAGAAGUCUGACCUAAUCCAGCUAGAACCCAGAGUAGAAUAAAUAGUCCGAUCCACCGUUCCACGUGAACUCCUGAUACAUCAGCCUGAAUAUGACUCUCAGAAACCCUCAACGUACUUCAUCAGAUUGUACUGAAACGACGAGAAACCGGCUCCAUGUCAAACGCUAACGCUUUAGCAAACAUGGCUGCCAUGCACGGUCACAUCUCAUUUUAGCUUUUUCGUUUUUUUUUUGCGUCAUCCAAUUUUUGACUCAGCAAACUGAUGAGCAGAAUUUCCAUUUAUAUAAAACGACUCAAAGCACAUUACAGGACACACUAUACACCCUGUACAGCUGUCUGAUAUUAACAAAAUAAUAAUAAAAGUCUACUUUCUGAUCAAGUUUCACAAUAAGAGCGUAUCUAAAGGAUAUUACUGACAAUGGACACAGCCUCAAACUGCAUAUUUAAAAAAUAAACUGCUUAAGGAAUGGAAAGGAUCUCAUUUUUAGUCCAUUUUUACGCAAAAAUUUCCCUUUUUUUUCUUUUGCGUUAUGCUAACAGCGUUUUUUUUUUUUGCUGACUCAGCAAAUUGAUGAGCAGAACUUCCUGUUUUACAAAUUCAACAUGUAUUCAAAAGAUUCAAACCACAACAAGACACUAUACACCCUGUACAGCUGUCUGAUAUUAACCAAAAAAAGUCUACUUUCUGAUCAAGUUACAUAAUAAGAUAAAGAAACUGCAAAUCACGAUUUAGAAAAUAAACUCCUUAACGAAUGAAGUUUGCUACAAGGUUCGUACCUCACUAUUCUCUCUGUACAGCUGUCUGUCAAAUUUUCAAAAUAAGAGUCAAUAUUACUGAGAAGGGACGCAGCCUCAAACUGCUAAUCACGUUUUUUAAUUUUCAAAAACUGCUGCUUAACAAAAGGAGAAAGCUUUGCUUCAAACUGAACCGCACCUUAACGCUUUCAUGUAUCGAAGAGGGCUGAUAUCUAACUGUAAACGUACUUUUAUGAAGACAUAAUCUAAUGGGAGCUUUUUGUAUCCAGCUCCUCACUUAUUCUAUUGUUUUUGCUCACACUGAAAUCCAUUUAAAGAUAUUAGUAUUUUAUUCCAGUGUUUAAACAGAAUCGGGCAAUAAUUAGUAUUUAUUGUUCUAGGGAUUUUCUUGAUUGUUUUAUAAGGAGGAGAUGCGUUUGCCCGCAGACGAGUUCCCGCCUCUACUGCUUGUUGCUGAGCUCCUCUUCAUCGCCAUGAAAUUCCAAAAGAAACGAAAUGCUGCAGCAAAAGGGUUUGUUGUGGGGGGGUUGGUUUCCACAGUUUUAAAGGGGAGGAAGGGUUUUAUCAUGACUGUUAUGGCUGUUAAUUAUUCUUAGUCUGAGAAAUGCCUUUUUCCUUUGAAAGGGGCCACUGAAUUGUCGACGCAACACUUUCUUUUUGUACAUGUAUUUAUGGUUGUUUUCCUGCAGCCUCGUGGUGGGCGGGGCUGCACCUGCCACUAAACUAAAGACUCCUCCCAGAAGCUGCAAACCUGGCAACCUAAAAAACCUAUCCCAGUUCGCCCACAAAUCCAGUCUUAAGGUAGUCAAACAGAAGGCGUGAAUCUGAUGACGUGGGGGCGGAGUGACUUGUGCAGGUUCCUUUAGACUCACACGAGGCUGCUUGAGAGUAUUUAGAAACUGAAGGGAGGGAGCCUAACACACUAUAGCUCGACGGUAACACGACUAACUGUGAGAGUCCAGUUUGUGACGAAUGCUGGUCAGAGAGCUCUCCAUGGAGCAGUGAGACGGUUCAUCCAUCGCUCUAGAGCACCUUCUAAACCUGCAGAGCAUGCUUACAUCACACAGUGGAUGUGUUAGCUAGACUUAUCAUUUGCAGACCCUCCUUGAAGUUCUGUGUGGGUUUUCUUUUUUAAGUUUCUUUCCUCUUCUUUUAUUUUUUUGGAUUGAGCAAAAGUGUUUAUUGUGAUUACUUGUUAAUUAGUGAUGUGAUUAUUAAACAUGAAAUAAAUUGGACUAAAAUUCUC